CAGCAGAUUAGGCGGAAGUCGCGCGGCCAGCGGGCAGCUGUCAUCGUAGCCGAAAGCCGCCUGCUGCUGCUGCAAACAACAAGUUCAACAUUUGUCGCGUCCGCACCUGGAGGUCCGCUUAUAGCCAACUUGGGCAACAUGGACGAGGACGUCCUGACCACCCUGAAGCUGCUGAUAAUUGGAGAAAGCGGAGUGGGGAAGUCCAGUCUCCUCCUGAGGUUCACAGAAGACACUUUUGACCCAGAGCAGUCGGCCACAAUAGGUGUGGACUUCAAAGUAAAGACCCUUGCAAUUGAAGGAAACAAAGCGAAGCUAGCCAUUUGGGACACGGCUGGACAGGAGAGGUUUCGCACGCUGACACCCAGCUACUACCGCGGCGCGCAGGGAGUCAUACUCGUAUACGACGUCACACGGCGCGACUCUUUCGCGAAGCUCGAAAACUGGCUGAACGAGCUGGAAACCUACUCGACACGCAACGACAUUGUCAAAAUGCUGGUCGGCAACAAAAUCGAUAAGGAUGACCGUGAAGUGGACAGAAAUGAAGGACUGAAAUUUGCCAGGAAACACUCGAUGCUUUUUAUUGAGGCCAGUGCUAAGACCAAAGAUGGCGUCCAGUGUGCCUUCGAGGAGCUAGUGGAGAAGAUCCUCCAGACUCCGGGGCUCUGGGAGAGCGACAACCAGGGUCAGAAGGUCCAGCUGGGGCAGCAGGAGCAGGGCGGGGGACGGGCAUGUGGCGGCUACUGCUCCAUACCCUGAAACCGACAGAAACCACGGAAACGGCGACCUGACGGGGAAACGCAUCGGACCAGAGAAACGGAACUAAAGAGGGGCGGAAGAAGAAAAGGAAGUUAAUUGUUGGGAGCUCCGUCAUCUGAACGAACUUUGCAGUUUUGCACAAUUACUGUUCAAACAUCAUCACUUAUUUUGACUCUUUAUCAUGUUUGGUUAGCGAGCGCAUCAAUCGGCUUUCGGUCAGCGGUGGAAUGGUGUCUUCGAAUAAAACGAGACGUGCCCAGGGCGUCGCAGCGGCACACGUCUGGGGCGGCUCGCCAUCAUUCGCAACAGUUGUUCAGUUCGGCAUUACUUUACCAGCAUUGUGCCUGUAACAUAAUCAGAUUUUAGGUGGCGCUUCAGGUUUUAUUCUAAAUAUUUAAUCCUAAGCAAUAAAAAAAAAAGUAAUCUCCUAGUUUACGUCCGAUUCCCUUCAGAUUCCCGACUUUAUUACGCCUCAGCCCUGUGAAUUCUCUGAAAUGAUUCAUUAAACAGUUUAGCCCAGUUACUGCCUUUUUAUUUAUUUAUUUUUGCCCCCCGUCUUUACACUCCUGCCUCCACAUCGUUACGUCUUGCUACAAAAUAUUCCCACUUGUUGCUCUAAUGCUAUUUUCUCAGCAUUAUCAGCCUCUGUUGUCCAGCUUAAUUCCACCUCUGGUGAGUUUUAGUUUUGCAGUGCUUCCUUUGCAAUUAUCAUCUGUCAACCAUAGAGUGAGAACAAGCACUCUUUCCCUCCGUCUCCUUUAUGUAUUUGCAUUCCAGCUUUAGUUAAUACUUUAUUAUUCCUAGUUACUGUUACCUGGGAGAAGAAAUGAAUUUAAUCUUCUUUUUUUUUUUUACUGUUGCUUGGUUGUGCUUUUGAGUCAUGUACUGUCACACGUCGAUCUGAGACCUGCCUUAACACUAAGAGCUGCAGUCGAGUAGCAUUUGAUUUGUUUUGAACUUAAAUAAAUAGAAACCUGAA